GGCAGCAGCCGAUCCACGCCUCGCGCACGACCAAGCAGAACCGUCGGCUUCUGCAGGCACGGACUGCAGCCUCACCUCCACCAUGUCGGGCCCGUUUCGCUUCCACCAGCCGGCCGCCCAGUCGCCGCUGGAGCGAGUCGCCUCCCCCCUCGCCGCGGAUGGCCAGCCCGUGUCCUACAAGACCAACGUGAACCGCUCCAAGACGAAGAAGUGGGUCGAGGCGAAGAAGAACGCAUACGACGGCGACGACUGGGGCGACUACGACGAGUACGACGAGUACGGCGUGGACACGACGCCGGACCCCGACCCCGAGCCCGCACCCGCGUCGAACCCCCGGCCCUACGGCCAGCGACCGCAGUACGACACGCCGUCGCGCAGCUUCACGGAUCCCGCCCAGCAGCUGCCGCUGCCGAGAGCGCGCAGGAACUCGUUCGACGCCGGCGAAGAGCAGCGCGCCUUCUCUGCGUCUGCGCCCCGCCCCCAGCAGCCGCCGCCGGCGCCGGCGCCGCCGGCGCCGCCCAGCUCGCCGCCACCAGCCACCCAGUUCCCGCCACCAGCCACACAGUUCCCGCCACGCAGGAGCAGCAUCGGACAAGGCGGCGCCGCGCCCGCCGACUUGGUCCCCGCGGCCUCGUCGCCGCGAGAGCGCGCGGGCAGCCAAGACAAGCCGCUGCCCUUUAUCCGACCCGCCGACAUUUACAGGCGCGUCGAGGAGGAGCGUCGGCGGGAGUCGAUGGAGUCGCAGCCACGACCCACUCUCGACUCGCUCUCCUCUCCGUCCAGAGACGAACCGCCGUCGCCGGUUGCGGACAGGAGGACCCUGCAGCCUCUCGAGACGGUUGCCGAAAGGCAGAGCGAGUGCCUGGGCGACCUGCACGCUGGACCACAUGCAACAGAAGCGCAGCGGCCGCAACAGGACCGAGUCCCGUCUGCGCUCAAAGGCAUCUCGACCUUUGACAACGAAUUCUGGUCGAGUGGGCCGGACCUGCAGGCGCCUGCCAGCCAGGCGCCUGCUGUGUCACCCACCCAGGAUCAGGGCUUCCGCUCGGUAGUCGACCAGGCCUUCACCCGCAGCGAUGACUCGCGCUCCGUGCCGCCCACGCCUACAUCCAAGGACUCGGACUCUGAUGUGGACCUGAACAGAAGCCAUACUGACAGUGCCUCUGGGAUCAGUCCCAUCAUGAGCCGAGUGCCCAGCUCUGCCACGGCAGCGCUGAAGAGUCGCCGUCUUGGCGACGGUAGCACACCCGUCAUCGCAGAAGAGCCACCCGAGGCAGGGUGCUCAGUCUCCAGGCCAACCUCUGGCAACCUUGCUCACGCACCACAUCCCUUCCAGGCCCACACACGCAACGCAUCCAGCACCUCACUUGCCCGCAGUGGUCUGGCAACACCUACUGGACGUGACAGCCCUGCGCGCUCGCCAGCCUUUGGCCCACAGACGACAUUUCCCGCGCCAGAAGUCGCACAGAUUGCGACAGACAGCCCCGACUCACCAGACGGCAUGCAGGGUGGCCUAAGCGGUCCUCAUUCUGCCUACGCCACACGCGAAGCAGACAUGGCCACUGCCACGCCGGGCAGUCCAGUGCGAGGUGCGCCAGAGCGAGGUGCGCCAGAGCGAGGUGCCGCCGAAAGGCAAUCGCAAGAUGCUUUCCUCGAAUCGCACGAUGCUUUCCUCGAAUCGCAAGAUGCUUUCCUCGAAUCGCACAACGCGCAGUCGCCAAUCUCCGACGCAUUGCCGCGAGACCGCUCCGAGUCGCCCAGCAAAGGCCGCGUGCAGGCGCUGGCCGGCAAGUUUGGCGAGGUCUCACAGUCCAGGCGAGGUUCGACGCAGUCCAACACCUCGAGAAACAGCGUGCAGUCCUGGGAGCGAAGCCGCGAUCACUCACGUGCCCCGUCGCCUGCCAAAGGCGACCCUAGCAAGCCUGGCAGCCCCAAGAAAGAGUUCAGGCCGCACCUGCCUGGUGGGUGGGAGUCGUACGCCAUCACCACUCCAGCGCCUGUAGAUUGGUCCGAGGCAGAGAAAGGGCUCAGCGCAGAGAAGGCAUCCGGUCUGGCGUCAGGUCCGGCGUCCGGUCUGGCGUCAGGUCCGGUGUCAGGUCCGGCGUCAGGUCUGGCAUCAGGUCAGGCAUCAGGUCCGGCAUCAGGUCUGGUGUCAGGUCCGGCAUCAGGUCAGGUAUCAGGUCUGGCAUCAGGUCAGGCAUCAGGACCGUCAUCAGGACCGUCAUCCAUGUCUCAGGCCGACCGCCUCGAGGAAGAUCGAGGUCGCGCCGCAAACAAAAACGACAACUCGUCAGCCCUGGGAGAGAUUGAUCUCACACCGACAACGAAAAGACACCAGGCUAUGGAGGUCGAACAGCCUGCUGAGGAUCCAAUUCUGGCCCUCAAAAACGCUGGCGCUGCCAUGACCGAGUCAUUCCGGUCUGCGGUCGGGUUAGGAAGCUCGAGUGAGAGUGCUCAAGAGCAGGACCGCCCGUCUCAUGGCGAUGUAUUCAUGUCACGGCCCUUGCACAUGGAGCGGACGGAAUCUGCGUUGUCGAGCAUACCGCCAACACCGCCAGCCAAAGACACACCUACAUCAGAGUUCCCACCCACUCCCCCUCUCAAGGCAACGGCACCGGAAUCCCUCGCAAGGCCUGAGCGACCCGCGAUCGUCCCACAGCUCAGCACCGAUCCUUCAGCCGAUGACCAGGAGAGCGACCGUCUGCGAAAGGAGAUUGUCGCAAGUCUGAGCCCGUUGCGGAUGGCCACGGUCCCGUCAUCCGACCCAGAUCACAGCCCUCUUCGCCCAGACAGCAAGGGUGCUGAUCGCGCAAGUUCAAUCUUGGACAGCUAUUAUGCUGAACUGGAAAGAGAUUUGCCCCGGGCCUCGACCGAUCUGGAACGCGACAUUCCCGAGCUUGCUCCUUUGAAGUCAGCAUCUUCGGCAUACUCCCUCACACAACAGAAGCCUGCAGCUCUCGAUCAUCGAUUCAGCUGGGAAUCCAACACACCCCAACUCAUGGCGCUUGAGGACGAGCAGAAGUCUGCCGCGGUUUCAGAGCCUACAGAGGUUGCCCAAACGCAACUGCUUCCUUCUCCAACAAUCGAGCGAGCAGUGGAAGAGGAGCACCAGCAAUGGAACGGAGGCAUCCCUGACGAGCCAUAUUUCGGACCAGGCCACACCUUUACUGUCACGAAGCCAGAGCCCAUGACCGACGCGGAGCUUGCCGCUCAAGCCCCGUCCUCACCGCUGGACACUGGCGCGUCUCUUACCAGUCCUCCCACACGUGAACAAACGAGGUCUCCGGGUCUCCAUAUUGUCAAUUCCGCCGUAGAUCCUGAGGCUGUUGAUUUGCCUCCGCGCUGGAGCGCAGAGCAUGCUCCUCAGCCGCCGGAGGUUGAAAAGAAAGUCGACAAGGAGCUCCCCGCGUCUCCACCGCAACAGCCGCUUGAACAAGAGACCAACCCUGCAGUCUCUGCUCACACAGCACUGACUGGUACGAUCCAAGCACCAGAAUCCUCUGCAAUCCACGAGCCCGAACCCAAGUCGCCCACCUCGCCUAGAUCGCCAUCGUCAGAUAAGCCACUGGGAGCCCGAGAGAUUGCGACCAUUGGCUCAACCGCCCAGCGCAUUGCUACCUAUAACAAAACCCGUGAACAGUGGGCCACAACUGAUCACGGACUUGGCGACUGGAUCACUGCUACUUUCCACGCAGACCCAAGCCUUGCCACGCAAGCCGCGCAGCCUCCUCAGCUCAGGCCACAGUCAGGAACUUUCCGUCACAAGCACACUGCAUCCCUCGCCAUGCUUGGCAAGUUCACUGGGUCGAGCAACAGCCAGCCACCAGGUGCAUCCUCGGAGCAGUACAACUCGGCAGGUGCACAAGUCCCUGCCUCCAUGGGCUCUCCAACUGCAGGAGCUUCGAAGAGCUUCCUAGGCCGGACGGGAAGCCACUCGAUCCAGACUCAACAAAUGCAAGCCAAAGGCAAAGACCUGCUGCACACCGCUGGUGUUUUGAGCGGUAAGGGCAUGACCAGUGCCAAAGGCUUGUUUGCAAAGGGCAAGAGCCGCUUCAACCGUGAUAAGGUAGAGAAAUAAUCUCCUUCUUGUCAACCUCCCCCCCCCUUUGGAGCAACGACACAAUCCCACGACCGUGACGUUGCUCUUGUAGCCCAACAGAAGGAUGGCGCCUUGUACUUGGAAGACGUUGGAUGGAGAGUCCUUGAUUUUGAUUUGCGAUCUUAAGAGGCGUUCUCGAUAUCAUGAUUUUUGUUUGAAGCGCACAACAUGUCCGGUCCUGUCCUGUUUGUACGGUGUCCCACUUCCCUCUUGCGUAGUCGUAGUCAUCGAAAUGUUAACCCUACCUUCUCUUACCACCCACC